AUGGUCUUCUGCACUUGUUGGCCUUUCCAGAAGACAGAGAAAACCAAAGCUUCCAGCCAUAGUCCAGUUACACUUACUGAACCGUAUGCUCACUCAGAAGAGAAGCAUUCAAUUUCAACUAAAAACCCGACCGGCGAAGACAUCGCAGAGACACCAAACGCGGAGGAUACCACGGAUCCUCCGAUCCAGCUUGGCGCGGGGGAUAUCUGGUACCACGCUUAUGAGAACCUCAAGAAUGAUGAGAAUACGCGAGAGUUGGUGGAAGAGUAUGAAAGGAUUCUCCAGCAGAAACUGGAAAAGAACAAUGUUGGGAGCAGCAGCACAUCCGUGGUACAGAAGCUGGCGGACCUGAGCGAUGGAGAUCGUGAAGCACUCUUCAACGCACUGAUCCAACAGGGCGUGGAGAAGACCGAGAAAUCGGCGGAUCGAAGGAGGACAAUGACCAUCAUCGCAACUUCGGUUCAGAGAACCCAGUCGGUCGUGAGCUCAGCCUUAUUGGCCUAUCCUCCGGCCUCGAUUGCAUGGGGGAUGACUUGUCUUCUUCUUGGCCCGGUCUUCACACAUACGGCGCAGCAGGUCGAAGCAAGACAAUCCGGACUGAAGUAUGUCAUCUCACGAUUUCCAUGGUAUGUCCGGCUCAUCGAUCUUCUCAAUUCGGAGACUUGGAAAACUCCAAGCGUAUUGCAAGGGCUCAAGGGACAUAUACAAAGUGAGAUUAUCGGCCUCUACACGAAGUUGAUCGAGUACCAGCUGCAAAGCUUUCGAUCAUAUUACCACCCGGUCUCUAGCUUCGGGAAGAACCUGGUCAAAUGGGACGAUUGGGAGGGAAUGGUGCAGAGCAUCAAAGAUAUGGAAACACAAUUUCAUGAGUACAUUUCGGCGUACACUACUAGUGCCGCCCAGGAAUUCUUCAGAAGUAUGGCGUCGGCCAUCGAAGAACAGACUGAUCUUCUGAGGCAUAUCGGGGAGUCCACCGACAGACAAACGACUCUACUGGAGGAUCAGAAGAAAGCAGCGGCUGUGAAGCAGAAAGAGAACUUGAUGAUGAAAUACAAGCCGGAUCCAUCGCGUUUCAGCCUCGAGAUCUAUGAGGACUACGUGGGCCAACUUGCUCGUCCAUACAAUGGCACGGGGAAAGGGGUGCUCGAGCAUGAAAGAUUCAGCGCGUGGGUCAGUGGUGACGAAGGGAUCCUUGUGCUCGCAGCACACCCUGGAACAGGAAAGUCGGUUCUUGCCAAAUAUCUGGUGGAGAAAAUGUCGGAGUCCAGUCCAAUCACGGUCUGCUCCUUUUUCUUCAAGGACAAUAACAACAAAGGACAGAAUAAGCCACGAGUUGCGCUUUCCAAAAUUCUCUACGAGGCCAUCAAGAACUGUAAUCAACUGACAGCGGCGGUGGAGGACAAAGCAAACAGACUGGACAGCCAUGAAAUUCAUCCCCACUCCAGAGUGUACUGGGAUCUCCUGGAUGCUGUGACUCACAGCACUCCCUCCAGGAGACUGAUUCUCGUUAUCGACGCACUCGAUGAAUGUGACUCGGAGCAGAGACGGGCUCUUCUACAGGCGUUGAGGGACUACCGAUUGCUCUAUCCAACGUCGAAGAUAAAGAUUCUUCUCACCACUCGUCCUAUGCCAAAUAUCCUAGAAAUGUUUGCGGGCUCUCUUCUGAACAUGGAUGACGACCCGGUGUGCCGAGAACUCAUCAAUCGUGACAUUAUAGCUGUUUCCAAGCUACGCCUGGAGAGAUUUGCUGAAGGCAAGGAGAUAUGGGAAAGUACAAAACGGGUAUUUCUAGAUCGGAUCACCGCCGGCAAUGACCGCACAUACCUUUACGUGGAUUUGAUGUUUAAAUACCUCGAACAGCAAGGUCGACAACGCAACAGCAAGAUAUGGGACCAGAAGUUUCGAGAAUCUCCGACCGACUUGAGGGAAGCCUAUGCAACUCUGCUGAGUGGCGUUUCGGCAGAUCACAGAACUGAAGUCAGGAGAAUGCUAGAGAUCGUGAUGGCAGCCUCUAGGCCCCUUACCUUGCAGGAAAUGGACGUCGCCCUCGCGCUUCACGACGCUGACCAUGAUUAUGAAACAGAAGACGACUUGUGCUCUUCCUCGUCGGAGAUGUUCAAGAAUUGGGUCCUUGAAGUUUGUGGAUUUUUCCUUGAUAUCUACAACGGAAGAAUCUACUUCAUCCACCUGACUGCGAAAGAGCAUCUCUUCUCUACCGAGGAUCGGCCGACCUGGCUAGACGCUUUUACAAUCGAAGCUUGUCACCGGACAUUGGCAAAAAGCUGUCUAGCUUAUUUCUCAUUGCCAUUCAUACAGCAGGAGGGAUUCAUGAAUAUCAAGGAAUUCAUACAGGCCGAUGACUUGGAUCAGCAGCUCUGUGUCGAGAAAUGCGAACGCCAGUCCGAGUUUGGAAACUACGCUUUUACCCAAUGGGUCGUGCACUCAAGUAACUCUUAUGGAGUUGAAGAGCCUGAUUUGGAACCGAACCUCUUCACUCGCUUCCAAAACUUGCACCCUGAGUUUCCGCUGACUCUCGCCAUGGCAAUUUUCUGCUACUCGAGAGCAUCUUCCGAAGUGGAAGCGCGAGUUUUUGUUAAUGCUUUGCCAUCUGGGUAUCCUAGAAGGAUUGAAAUCAUAUCCCUCCUAGCCAAAUCCUUCAGUUUCAGAUGCGUAACCGGCGUUAGUGGACUCCUGGAGCUCGACUAUGCCGUUGAACUAGGAAAGCAAACCGUGGACGAAACCCCGCAGGACGAUCCAAUGCUUGCAUCCAGACUCGAAAUCGUUGCUAAGUGUCUCCAUGCAAAAGCUCGAAUGACAGGAUCCGUUUCUACGCUUGAUGAAGCCAUUCAAAUCGCCAAUAGGAUGGUGGACCUGAUCCCCGCUGGAGAUCCAUGUCUUAGCAUGGCUCUGCACCUUCGCAGCAAAGUAUUGAUAGAGCGCUCUCGUCAAGCGAAGGGCAAUCUAGACGAUGUGAACACAGCAAUUCAGGACUUGACACAGGCUCUAGAUAUAACCACGGACGACAAGCGGCGUAGCAUUGUUCUGAAUACUCUUUCGUUAUGCUUCUAUAAAAGGUACAGGGAAACUGAUCGAAUCGAAGAACUUGACGAGGCGAUCGCAACAGCCGAGGAGUCGAUCAGUUUAAACGGCAGUCUGGCCUCCGCUAACAACGUCGCUCUCUUCCUACGAAUCAAAUACAAAGCCACUGGAAACAUCGAGGACCUCGAUCGUGCUGUUGAGGAGGCCAGAAAGGCAGUUACGAUGUCCAGCUCCAAGGACCGAUCCCUCGCCUUUACCAAUCUCGCUUCCAUCCUAGAAGCUCGGUUUGACCUGACAAAGGAUAUCAACAAUCUGCAUCACGCUGUCGUGGCGGCCCAGAGCUCGGUGGAUGCGAUUCCAAAAGAACAUUACAUGUAUCCGGCCAAACUGAAGCGGUUACAGCGACUUCGGAAUCGACAAGACGAGCUGAUGCAAUCCGACUGAGAUUUUCAAGGCAGACUGGUUAUAGAAUUCCAGAAACAUUUUCUAUCAUUGCACAGGCCGUAUCGAUGCAGAGAAGCUCUCUACCUCUCGCUAUCGAACGGGAGAAUCUGUUCUCCGGGCACGCAAGGAAGGGGAAUGUGGUAGUCAUUUGUCAUGUCGGUCGAAAGACUAAUAUGAUAUGAUGAAUGAAUGAAUGAUUGAUUGAUUGAUUCUAAGGACAAAGACGACCAGAGACUCAGCUGGAGGUCUUAAAUACAUGAUGCGUAGGAAGGAGCCAUGGAAGGCGCGAGGCCGCGGUGGCAGCCCUGCGGCCAUCCGACAGUGACAAGAGAGAAGGCAUAAGGGAAGACAAAAGGCUGGGAUAUCAAGAUAGAGGAU